AUGGCUGGAUGCAAGAUGUUCAUGGAGGAGGACAUGGAAGAGGAGGAGAAGGAUCAGCACUUCCUGAUCGUCACCGUUAUCGUCAGUCCUAAGUUACACACUCCUAUGUAUUAUUUCCUCUGUAAUUUGUCUUUUCUGGAUUUGUGCUGUUCAUCUGUCACUACACCAAAAUUUCUGUUUGAUACAUUUUUAAAGAUUAGAAGGAUCCCGAUCAUUGGUUGUCUCAUACAAAUGAACGUAAUGCUAUUUCUAGGGGGCACUGAAUGCAUCCUACUGGCGGUGAUGGCCUAUGACCGGUAUAUCGCUAUAUGCUCCCCCUUAUAUUACACCACCAUUAUGAGCUGGAGGGUCUGUAGAUACUUAACUGUUAUUAUGUGGUUGGGAAGUCUCAUUUUAUCAUCUGUUCCCACUAUGGUAAAACCUCUUAUAUUCUGUAAAGAAAACACAUUGGACCAUUUUGUUUGUGAGGUCUUGGCCCUUCUGGAGGUGGCCUGUGGUGACCUCUCCUUUUAUAAGAUAACUAUAGUUUCUGUAGGGUUUUUCACAUUAUUCUCACCCUUUGUUUUCAUUGUGGUGUCUUAUUCUUGUAUUAUUAUUUCUAUAUUAAAAAUCCAUUCAGUAGAAGGAAGAUCCAAGGCUUUCUCCACCUGCGCCUCCCACCUCACUGUGGUGUUGAUAUUUUAUCUCACAUUUUUUACCUUGUAUACGGGACAGAGAAAAAGUAUUUCAUCCCAUGUAAAAUAUGUUUCACUUAUUUAUGCCCUUUUUACUCCCCUAUUAAAUCCUGUGAUCUACAGCCUGAGAAACAAUGAAGCGAAAGAAGCCUUUAGGAAAAUGUCUAGAACACAUGAAAUGUCAUAG